AUGGCCACCACAGUCGCGACGCCUACCAGCAAUGGUACAAACAGACGAAAAUCUGGUCGAGUUGUGCAAGCGCCACCCGUCUUUUCUCAAGAGCAGCAUCAUGGUAGUGUCAUCGACUCUGCUAAGAGAAAGCGCCCACGCGACGUAGCGAACGACGACGACGGAAAUGAAGUUGAAGACGAUGACGAAAUGCAGUCUGAGGAUAGUGAAGAGGACGAGGGUGAGGCUGACGAGGAAGAGCUGAGAGAGAAAAAACGAAAACAACGCGCUCGUCAGGCUGUAGCAAAGCCAGCCGCAAAGAGAGCUAGGACUAAAACCAAUAACAACACCACUCUCGCCAUACGAUCUGCCGCACGACCUGCAAACAAGACUGUCAAAAAAGCAUCGAAAGCAGCAAAGGACAAGGCUAGGUCUCGACAGAGUCAAGCACAAAGCAGUGGCCUCUAUGCAGACGUAUUCGGCAAAGGCAACGACGCAGAAGCAGCAGCAACCACAUGGCACAGCAGAUUGGAAGGUGAUCAUGUAGCAGGUAUUACGGACAUGGUAAACUUCGUGCUACAGGUUGUUGGAUGCGACGCUCGUGUGACCAUGGACGACAUUAACGAUGUCGAUAACAUUCCGAACAAACUGAGCGAUAUCCUAGAACAAUACUCCGAACAAGAAGAGGGCGACUACCCACUAUCUGGCAAGCAGAAGUCCUUCCACGGCAUGAAGGAAGUUUAUUCCGAUUUCUUCAGAGCCAUACCUCACGCACUUCACAAUUCAGGUCUGAUGUAUGAGGAGGUGGCUAUCUACGAUAACCUCCACGUGUGGAUUGCCACCAUGUCUGCGGCUUCGUACCGGUCCUUCCGUGUGACCGCGACGCUCGCUUCCUUAGCAAUGUCGACUGGCUUGACUGAAAUUGCGAAGGAAAUCCAGCAGGGUAUCUCUGCUACAAAACAACAAUUGGAUGCUGAGAAGAAGAAGAAAAGUGCCAACAAAGCCAGAAUUGCAAAGUUACAAGAAGAGAUGGCAAGGGAGGAGAAACGUCUGGAGGUUAUCGAUACACAACUCAAAGACGAAUUCGACAUCGUCUAUACUCACAGAUAUCGUGAUGUUGAAGAGAAGCUCCGCGUUGAAUGCGCACGAGCAAUGGGAACAUGGAUCCAGACCUACCGUCACCUCUUUCUCGAGUCGACCUAUUUACGUUACCUUGGCUGGGUUAUGUCGGAUCCUCACGCUGCGACACGACUUGAAGUCAUACGCCAGUUGAAGGCGAUCUACCGAAAUCGCAGCAAUCUGGCACAAAUGCGAGGCUUCACCGACAGGUUUCGAGCUCGCAUGGUAGAGAUGGGCACAAGAGAUGCAGAUCUGACUGUAAGAGUCGAAACCAUAGAGCUGUUGAAUAUGUUGCGAAGUGCAGAGAUGUUGGAACCUGACGACAUUGAUACCAUUGGACAACUCAUAUUCGAUGAUGGAGCUUUAGUGCGCAGAGCCGUGGCUCAGUUCGUCGUCUCGAACAUACAAGACUUGUACAACGCAAGUGUCGAGGAUUUUGACAGAGAGGAGUACAACACUAUACUUCCUGAUGUUGACAAGAUUGAUGAUUUCGACGAGCCAUGCAAACUUUGGAUCAAGUUCAAAGCUCUUGCCCAGAUCCUGGGCGCUCAGGCAGGUGGUACUGUCAACGGCACUAAAAGACAUGUCCACGUAGCGGGCGUUGAGAAUCUCAGUUCCAAAUACAUGGUUGCUACCCAGUCGAUUUUCUACCAUAUGCCUGAACUGCAAGAGUGGGAGUCAUUGACGGGUUAUCUCCUACACGACCACUCGACUGCCACAAAAGAUAGCGCUACUGAUUUAGCUUCAGCUGUCCAGGCAGCCUACAAGCUUCAGGCUGGCGAAGAGAGUAUUCUGCUCGAUGUUCUUUUUGUUGCUGCAAAAUUGUUCAUUUUGCAACCCGAUGAGAACAAACCAGGUCAAAAAGGUGGUAGAUCAAAAAAGGAAAGAGAUGAAUCCAAAAAGAGGCAAGAAACUGCAGCUCACAACCUUUCCGCUUUCAUUCCAAAAUUGUACAACAAAUUUGGAAGCAUACCAGAAGCAGCCAAGUCAAUAUUGCGCCUCAACCAGCUCUUCAACCCAGAUCUAGUCGACGAGUUCGAGGAUGACGAUGGCGAAGGAGAAAUCAACACUAUGGUAAGCAACAUAAGCAAUCAAUUCACUUCUCACCAGGACGAAGAAGUCCUUGCUGAGGCUGUACGUACUCUGCGAGCAGCAUUGACCCACGAAGCCAGCAGGGAAGCAGCUAUGAGAAAAGUCAAUGAUUUAUGGAAAGAGCAAUUGUCAUUCAGCUUAUCACCACUUCUGCUUGACGGACAAGGUAGAGGGUCGCUUGACAGAGAACGAACGAGACAGCUUUCCGACGCAACUAGUCGCUUGGCUCAGCUUGCUUCUGUCAAGGACUGCUGCGAGACUAUUGAAGGUCGAUUUCCCUGGGUUAAUCGUCUGUCGACUAGGAAACGUACUGACACUGUCAUGGAUAUACUACUUCAGCUUGUUCGAAGAGGCAACCUCGACGAAGAUACUCCUCCAGAGACUGCGGAGCUAGAAGAUCAAGUUUGCCAAUCCUCCAUCAAAAUCUUGCUGUUCUAUUGUCGAUGGAAGGCUGUUGCGAUGAGAAAAGCUGCCUCAGACAAUGACAAUGGUCGAUUGACCACUCAAACGUUGACACAACUUGUCAAGCAUAAGAACGAAUUCACCGAGGCAUUAGUGCCUGUGGUCGUUGCAAGGAAGCCUCUUGACUCUACGCGUCUAGCUGCAUUGCUCAGUGCACUGGAUCUAUACGUCCUGUUAGCCACGUGUCGCAAUCUCAAGUCAGACAAGAACACUUUAAACACAGACGAGGGAGUCGACCUUCAGGACUUUGCAAGAGAGGUGAACGAAUCACUCACGGCAGCCAUCAUGGAGACGCAUGAAGCACUGGAAAAACGACUAGCUCGACGGACCAACAAGAAGAACAUCGAACUGCCACUGGCGAAAGCGCGAAAGUCCAAGCACCAAUCCAAAGAGAACCCAAUCACCUCGCCAGGCACCGAUGACCAAAACAACAACGACGAAGAAGAAGCAGUAGACAGACCUCCAGAAGACUCCGACGACGAAGACGCCACCACUAACAAUCGCAACAAAUCCACCGCCAACGACUCAUCAAGCUCCGACGACGACGAUGACGACAAUGUCGAUAAUGUCGACACCACCCUCUCCCAAAAAGAAGCCAAGCGCAAAGCCAUCCUAGUCGCCGAAACCUCCCUCUGCGAACUCACCGCCAAAAUCGUCCUCGCCCUCCUCGCCCGCGUCAUACCCAACCCCAAAGCCAUCCGCGCCAGACUCCAAGUCAACCGCACUAAACUUGGCAAGAGCUACACCCAAGUCAUCGCCUACGCAGACGACAAAAAGGACAAAAACAGGAGGAAAUCGAAAGCGGGUUCUGCGACGCCGGGACCGAAGACGCCUGUUAGAGGCACUGCUGCUGGAAAAGGAAGGAAAGCAGUACCGACGACGACUGGUGGUGGUAGCAGUAGGAAAGUGGGGAAAGCGGUGCCGAUUAGUGAAGCUAUGGUCCUCAGUGAUGAUGAUAUUGAAGAUGAUGAGGAGGAAGAGCAGAGGAGAAGGGAGGAUGAUGAUCCAGAGGUGUUGAGGGAGCAGGGGUUGGAAGACGAUCCGAUUGAGCAAGUUGAUGAAGAGGGUGAUGGGCAGGAAGGUAGUAAUGAGGAUGGCAACGGGGACGAGGAUGAGGACGAGAUUAUGGGUGAUUGA